AUGGCUGACGAUCUGAUCAAGCCUUGGCUGAGAGAAAGAUUUCAAACUGUAACUUUGCCAAGAAACUUGAAGCAAAGCAUAUCGGAGAUCUUGAAGAUUGAUGACCAUCUGGAAGGAACUAGUCAAGAGGUUCACAGAACACGCAAAACUUGCAGCUAUUGCCCUGCAAAAAAACGUCGUAUGACGACUACCUUCUGCAAGGUCUGCAAAAAAGCAAUUUGCAGGGAGCAUAUUGUUGCUAUGUGCAAUCAUUGUUCUAUGUAG